CGACUCAGCAACGGCUGGCUUCCAAGCUUUAAGAAGCGCAAUGGGAUCCGCUCCCAUACGCUACACGGCGAAGGUGGCGCUGUAGAAGCUGAUGAAGUGCGAGAUGCGAGGCUAGAGCUACAAGAGUUGGUGGCGCAGUUUACACCCGAGAAUGUGUUCAACUUCGACGAAACGGCGUUUUUCUAUCGCUUAGCGCCUAAUCGAACGCUAGCUACGACUAUUCGCAAGGGCAAGAAAAAGGAGAAGCAACGUUUGACUUUGGCCUUCUGCUGCAACGCGACUGGCUCCGACAAGCUCGACCCAAUAGUCAUCGGUACGGCCAAGAACCCGAGGUGCUUUAAAAAGGGAGCGGCGAUUAAAGGUAAACCUAUAUUAUACAAGUCCUCCAAGAACGCCUGGAUGACAUCCGUCAUUUUUGACGAAUGGCUGCACCUCUUCAACAUGAGAAUGGCGGCCGCCAAUCGCAAGGUCCUACUUCUAGUCGACAAUGUUUCAUGCCAAAAGCUUCUACGAAACCUGACUCAUGUGACUGUUCACUUCCUCCCUCCUAACAUGACAUCCGCCGUACAGCCGCUGGAUGCAGGUAAAUAUUUUAUCUAUAUUCGAAAGUAUUUUGGGCGGUGGUGUUUGGAUGCACUUGAAGCUAACAUUACACGCAAGCUCAACGUACUGGAAGCUGUCCAAUUGUCCAUUGAUGCUUGGGCGGGUGUGACGCCAACGACAAUUACAAAUUGCUGG